ACCAGUUCCACACACAAGCAGCGACAGCCUUUGAAGAGACUGCUACCAUACGGCUGCACACACCGUGCUUUCACCCCGCUAUCCUCGACACUCGAAAAGUCGGGGUAAAAACCAGAUUUCUUUACGAGUGUUUCCGGACAAUGAAUGGAGAAAUGGACUCCUCUGCUAAAGCCACUGUUUGGGUGCAGGAUGAUGUGUUGAAGUUGUUGGAUGCCAUGAAAGUGAAUCUGCCAGAAAAAGAUCUGGCCAAAUACAAGACAUCCGAGUCCCAUUUGGAUUGGGAGAAAGUGGCUUUUGAUGCUUACUCUGCAGAAGUGUGCAAACAGAAAUGGCAAGAAGUUUCCCGUGAGAUACGCAAGUUCCGCACCCUCACCGAGCUGAUCGUGGACGCACAGGACUACAUUAAAAAUCCAUACAAGGGAAAGAAGCUGAAGAAACACCCAGACUUCCCCAAAAAGCCAUUGACACCAUAUUUUCGUUUCUUCAUGGAGAAGCGUGCCAAGUAUGCUAAGCUACAUCCAGAGAUGAGCAACCUGGAUCUCACAAAAAUCCUGUCCAAAAAAUACAAGGAGCUCCCAGACCGUAAAAAAGAGAAAUACGUGAAAGAUUUUCUCAGAGAAAAGGAGACUUUUAUGCUGAGCAUGAUGAAGUUCAAGCAGGAACAUCCUGACCUUUUGGAGAACGUUAACAAGAAGUCCAACGUUCCAGAGAAGGCCAAGACACCCCAACAACUGUGGUACAGCCAUGAGAAGAAGGCUUUUCUUAAAGCACACCCUGAUGCGACCACCAAAGACAUCAAGGAUAAUCUUGGCAAGCAGUGGCCACAGCUUUCAGAUAAGAAGAGGAUCAAAUGGAUCGCAAAGUCUCUGGAGCAACAUAAACUAUAUGAGGAAAAGAUGCGUGAGUUUAUCCAGCAGCAUCCAGAGAUGAACAUGACACAGGGAGACAUCGUCAAAUCCAGUCUGACCAAAGCAGAACGUCAGCUCAAGGACAAGUUUGAUGGGAGGCCAGACAAACCACCUUCAAACGGUUAUUCUUUGUUCUGUGCUGAGCUGAUGUCCAGUAUGAAGGACGUUCCCAGUACGGAGCGUAUGGUCAUGUGCAGCCAGCGCUGGAAACUCCUCAAACAGGCCGAGAAAGACGCAUACCAAAAGCGAUGUGAACAGAAAAAGAAAGAAUAUGAAGUUGAGAUGAACCGCUACUUGUUAAGUAUCUCAGAGGAGGAACAGCAGAGAAUACUGUCAGAACAGAAGAUGGGCAGCUUCAAAAAGGCCGGCGGAAUCAGCAGCCCGGCUUCAAAAAAGAAAAGCUCUAAAGCAAAGCCUAGCGCAGAAAAGCCCAAGCCGCCCAUUUCUGCAAUGUUCAUAUUCUCUGAGGAGAAGCGUCCAAAACUUAAGCAGGAAAAACCUGAGCUUUCUGACAUGGAGCUCACCAGACUGCUGGCCCGCAUGUGGAAUGAGCUUACUGACAAGAAGAAGGAGAAAUAUAAAACCCUGGAGAUGGCCCUGAAGGCAGAGGCUGAAAAACAGAGCAGAGAGGAGAAAGGGAAGCUACCAGAAACGCCCAAAACAGCUCAGGAAAUCUGGCAACAGAGCGUCAUCGGAGACUAUCUGGCCCGGUUUAAGAAUGAUCGGGCGAAAGCUCAGAAAACCAUGGAGGCCACCUGGAACACCAUGGAGAAGAAGGAGAAGAUCGUGUGGAUCAAGAAAGCUGCUGAGGACCAGAAGAGAUAUGAAAGAGAGCUGAGUGAAAUGCGAUCCCCUGCCCCAGUGAUAACCCCUGGGAAAAAGAUGAAAUUUGACGGCGAACCUAAGAAACCACCCUCGAAUGGUUAUCAAAAGUUCUCUCAGGAGAUGCUGUCGAAUGGCGAACUCAACCAUCUGCCCAUGAAAGAGCGCAUGGGUGAAAUCGGAGGCCGCUGGCAGAGACUCCCUCAGAAAGACAAGGACCGCUACAAACGCAUUGCAGAGGAGAAACAGAGGCUUUACAAAGUGGAGCUUGAGCAGUGGCUCACGAGUAUAUCAUCACAAGAGCGAGCUGCGUAUAAAGAAUACAAUUCUCUGAAACGGAGGAGUACAGCAAAACCAGGUGGCACCAAUGCUAAAGUCAAACCUAAGGCUAAAAGAUCGGACGAUGAAGAGGAUGAAGAUGAGGACGAUGACGAUGAGGAUGAUGAUAAGGACUCUGACGGAUCAUCCUCUGAUGACAGUGAUGAUGACGAUGAUGACGACGAUGAAGAUAAUGAAGAAGACGUAGAGGACGAAGAGGUGGACGACAAGGAGAACAAAUCUGAAAGCAGCAGCAGUUCUUCCAGCUCUGACGAUUCAUCCGCUUCAGACUCGGACUGAGCCGGAGCCGAGUCAGGCUGAGCCCACAGACUGCCAGAAACGCUGUGAACUGAGCCAUGAGCCGAGGGUCUGAGCCUGCUCCCGCACUGCGCUCCUCCCACCACAGGAGGGAGCUGUCACACAUCUGCACACCUUCUCUUCUUUUCACCCCUGCACUUCUGCUUUUAUUCCUUUCUCCCGCAUUCAAUUUGCUUGGCAGGUUUUUAGAACUAAUAGUCUAAACCGACACCAGAUCAUUGGGAAAGAAUCAAAAGGCUGUAGUGCUCUGCUUUUUGGCUUGACGUGUUAUCAGGACGUCCUGCGUUUAAAAUUAGAAGAACAGCAAGCAGCAGGCACUGUUGUCUUUUCAGUGAAUGAGCCAAAGAGUCUCUUGGUUUUGCAGAUUUUAUCUUUUCGUUGUUGUUCAGGAGGUACAGGGGACCAAAUACUUGCACUCUGAAGAAUGUCUGCUUUCUUUUCCUCUGUCUGUACCUCUCCUGUGUUUGCCAGCUGCGUCGUUCCGCUCCCAUUUUUGCUUUGGCGUUUUUGUUUUCCUUGCUUUGUCGGUUCAAAACAAAUGUGGUAUUUCAGGAACAAUGAAGCCAUUUUUUUGAAUGUCACCGCAUGGACCCCGCUGGUCUCGGUGCUUGUUCGCAAGGCGUUUGUGCCCUUACCUGCACCCGAUGAGGGGGUUAAAGGUGAAAAUGGACUACUUUUUUUGUUUGUCCUCUUAUAGGAAUGCUGCCCGUAGCCGUUUCUUUGUGAUGUGGUGAAGCCACAGAGGAUUUUGAGUUGAAGUUCUCUGUUCAUUCAGACUGAUGUUACAUAUUGAGGACUAGUUUAUCAGAAGUUCGUUAGCUUUUUUGUUUGUUUGUUUGUUGGGGCACCAAACUUGAUUCCCUCCUGUUUGUUAAAAAUGGUUAUCUGUCGUUUGAAGCUGACUUUCGUUCCUCUUUCCAACCACUGUUUAUUUGGUGCUCCAAAAACCUAAAACGUGAUUUGAUAUGUUUUAAAAUAUGAUGGAUGUGAGUUACCCCACAAUUCAGUGCACUUAUGAUGGAAUCCCUAGUUCACUAUUGCCCAUUUAUUAUUUACAUAUUCAGUAUGCCUCCUGCAUUUCACUCAUUAGCCCAUAAUGUCGACCACUUUACAGAUCUUUCAUGCACCAGCUCAAGGAAUGUAACGGAGAAGUUUUAUUUAAGAGAGGGGUACCAUUAUUUGUUGUGUGUGUGUGUGUGUGUGUGUGUGUGUGUGUGUGUGUGUGUGUGUGUGUGUGUGUAUGUAUAUACGAACAGUUUUGAGGGUGACUGGUAUAUUCUCUCGUUCCAACACCCUGGCCGGAAAUGGCAACUAAGUUAAACCCACAACCCAGCUUCCUGCACUGAGCUAAAACCUUUUACUCAGUAUUUUUUUUACGCAUUGGGCCACUGUAAUUUAUUUUUUUCCUCUGAUUGCGUUCAAUGAUUUGCAUAUGAAUACAAACUAAUUAUUAUUUACGGAAGAUUGCUAUCAAAAUAGAUGCUCAAUUUGCUGAACCAGGCGUGCAAUCUUUGACCGAGGCCUGUAUCAUGUGUGAUGCUGCAUUAUUGGGGGAAAAUAAAAAUACCCGAUGGUUCUAGAUGAUUUGAAAGAAGGGCCGGGAUAAGAAACCCAGUGGAACUUUCAAGAUUUGUUGAUAUUUUAUAGGAUUUUGAGACUUUCAAAUAGAUUUGGGUUGGGUUCAGUGCUGUUGUAAGGUAUUUGUACAUAUAGAUUUCUCUUUUUUUCUUUCUCCCUUUGUAAUGAGUGAAUAUUAUUGCGUUUGUAUUUUCAGUUGGCUACACUGCCGUAGCCUCAAGUUAGUUUGUCGAUCGGGGGACAUGUUUUUAAUUUGGUAAGUUUUAGUUUUUACGCCUCCCCAUGUUUGUUUAUUUGUAGAAAUGGCAAGAAAAAAAAGCUUAAAUUUGUACUGCAGAUUUGAAACAUUUGGACAUUUUCUAUAGCAAAAGAUGUUAUAUCCCUGCAAUUUACAAUUUGAGCAAAUAAACCUUCUCUUAAACAGUUC